UGCAUUUGCUAGCACAUCAGUAGCCAUCUAGCGAGAGCCGGAAAUCGUAGGCCCCAACUCGUUCAACUCUCAUUAUCGUUUAUAUUUUCCUACACUUUUGUUGACCUUCCUUUUGCCAUUUUAUCGUUUUGCAUCUAUACGCGUAAGAUUCUGUAUAAGGAAAAAUCGUUCGUUCGAUAAUUAUAUAUCUACCCUCGAGGUGGCUUCGAGGGAUCGAUAGAAUCCACCUGUUAACGGAUCGCCGAUCGAUUCGAAAACGGAAAGGUCACCGGCGAAAUGGAUAACACAGAGGAUGUGAGGACAACGGUAGAAUUGUAUAUUUACGAUCUGACGAAAGGCAUGGCAGCUAUGAUGUCUCGCAUGUUGAUAGGCAGACAUUUGGAGGGAAUAUGGCAUACGGGGAUCGUUGCCUAUGGCAGAGAAUACUUCUUUGGUCCCGCUGGUAUACAAAGUGUCAGGCCGGGUGGUACGUACUUGCGCGAUCCGCAAAAAGUCGAAAAGAUCGGUGAAACCUAUCUACCUUAUUCGGUCUUCCUUGAGUACAUAAACGGCCUGGGAACAUCCACGUUCGCGCCGGGCACGUACAAUCUCUUUAGGCACAACUGCAACACUUUCACGGAAGAAGUGAGCAAUUUUCUGGCGGGAAACGGUAUUCCCAAAUAUAUACUCGAUCUUCCAGAAGAGAUAUUACAAACGCCAGUCGGACAAGCGCUAGGACCUUUGAUAGAAAGCUUAAGUAGCAACGCAAACGCGGGUUUCACGGUAGGGCAAAGAUUCGUAGAAGCGAGAAUCGAAAGAGAGGCUUCGCCGGAAUAUCAACUUUUGAACACGGCAAUCGAGGAGGCAAGAUUGAAUUCGAUCGCGUUAGAGGAAAGGAGAAACGUGAUAAACGAAAAGCUCGCUAAGAAGGAUAGAAAGAAGAAAAAGAAAAAGAAGGAGAAGAAGGAAAAGGGAAGCAAAGACGGUACAGGAAGCGAUAGUAAUAGUACAGGGACAAGCUAUUACACGGACAUGGCAGAAAGCGAGGGUGCAGUGAGCGAGAUGCAAGCCGCGAAUGGUGCCACGAUGGAGAUGUUGCCGUCCGAUAGGGUCUUGCAAAUGGAGGAGGAAGAGAAACGGGAAGAGGAAGAGAAGAAACGGCAACGCGAUCCUCCUAUAGUAUUUAAAGACACCGUCGACGUGAAGGCGGAAUAUGAGGGGUUGGUCAACUGUCUAGAAGGGAAAUUGAACGACGAUGAGAGAACGUGCUUGAAAGAACUUCGACAGUAUGUUCUAGAGAACGAGGGCUCUUGGGCUUUGGGAGAUUAUUUUUUAAAUUUUGUGGGACGCAUACUUUACGACAAGUCGUUAGUAACCGAGGCAAGGGUGAAACUCCUUGGUGUACUUUCCGUUGCCGCUUUGAAGGACGACGUGAUACUUCUCCUGCAUCAGGAUAGAAGGGAACACAUUCUCAUGAAUUAUGCCUUCGAUAUAGAUCGUCAUCCUCCAGAAGAGCAAUUACCGCUCGCCGAAUUUUUGGCGAACAUGUUCGAGAAUUUGAGCAGUUCCGAGUGGUUACUUUACAUAUCCGAAUGGCAACAUCAGAACCAGAAUAUCAGCAACAUAAGGGUGACGACGAAGGUGGCAGUCCACUCCUUGCUAUCCAAUUCGUUCGAGUUGCAAACCCGUGGUGCGGCCAUCAUCCAUAACUUAGCCUGCAAGGAGGUAAAAACUGUGAAAAUGAACAAAAGCAAAAAUCUACGGAGACUUUUACCAAAAGGCAGCAUUUCUAAGGUAUUCGACGACGUCGCCGUUGAACUGACGAUGGCUUUGCUACAAUAUUUCAAUGGGAGUCCAGCCGAGGAACAACUUUACGCGUGCAUGAAGUCACUGGCGCGUUUCACGCAAAUCAGCGGACAGGAUGUACCGCAGCUGAUACAGAUGAUCGGACCAGAGCCAAAUAAAUUUCGUGGAACUUCCGAGAGAAUCGACAAACUGAUCGAUCAAGUCAAUAAGAAGUUACGUUGAGGUAUAAAUUUCGUUUUGUUCGGGGUCUAAAUCUUUAUAUUCCAAAUAGGAUGGAGCAUACGAGUGUUGUUGACUGACAGCUAAAUAAUAGGAGGAAUUUUUACAUAGAGAUUUUAUUUCAAGCAUCUAUGUGCUUUUGUAAUAAUUAUCUAUUGUUGUUAUUAUUAUUAUUAUUAUUAUUAUUAUUAUUAUUAUUA